AUGCCUUCCAAACUGGUUGAUGAUCCUCGUGUCUCCGAACUCGAUUCCGCCAGCAGAGCCUUCUUAAUUAUAUCGCCCCGUCUCCGAUUUGCACCCCUUUUGCUCCGUGUCAAAGACCGGUCUUUGGACCUUGAUUCGUUGCUCGAAAUGCAGCGGGCUGUACUGGAUUACAUCAGACUGUUAUACAGCAAAGGCGUUUCAUAUCAGGUCAGGCAAGAAUAUAUGUGUCCGGUCAAAAAGGCGUCCGGCCGCUGGAAGUUGUAUCUGGGUGGCUGGAUGGAAGCGGGAUACAAUCCGAACGGAUGUCAAUUAUGGCCAGCCGAGUGGAAAGAGCAAGAAGCGUCGCAGUGCGCUGAGAUCGAGCGGAUUUUCGAGGAAGCGCGAACGACGAUUAUCGGACGACACGAUUAA